GCCUUUAAUCACUCCCUAUCUGCUCAAUCCCCUCGUAGGCACGUUGGUACUAAAGGCAGUACUUUAAUGAAAGAUCAACAUGGGUCAUCAAAAGUUGACAGCCUCAGAGUGCAGUGCGUCUUGUGUGUGUGUGAGUUUCAUAUCUACAAUCACAUACUCCUCGCGCGGUCUAACCAGAGGAACAUCACCGCCUUCCCCGCUCAUCACUGCCAGCUUUCACUUUUUGCGAUUCAUCUUUUUCUCCCCCUCUCCCAGGAUACUUUCAUCCCUCGUCGUUUUUUUUCUCUUCCCUGGAUUCUGUUAUUUUUUUUCUUUAUCAGAAAGCACCCCCACCCACUUCCCAUCCAUCAUCUGAUCUCCAUUCUUCUUCGUCCACUCUCCAGUGAUGUCGUCUCUUCUGAGGGAGGAGAUGCAGAGAGUUUUAUUCCGACCUGAAAAACUGAGACUGGCGGAGUUUAUUGAGAUCGAGGAGCCGACGGACGGGAGACAUUUUCUCUGUGUCUCAGUUUCAAAAAACAAAGUGGUGCAGUUAUGCAUAGUGCGAUGUCAGACUUCUCAGCCGUCCCUCAAGCCUGGAUCCAAGGAGUCCCACACCACGCGCUCCAGCAUCCAGGAGUGUUACAGGAGGACGGAGGUCUGGCCCCUCCAGGACCUGAUUCUUGUUGACGGGCGGGACCCCGAUGUGGAUGAUCCCUGUUUCCUGCUGCACUUUGACAAGGUGCGCACGGUGACGGCCGUCAGCUGCUCCGCCAAAUACACGUUCGUGCGCGCGCUGUUCGUUCUCAGCGAGCAGCACUGCCAGAGGUCACUGAACCUGCGGAACUUUGACUGGGCCUACAUCAAGCCCACCACCUUCUACUCCAACCGAGGAGACUGCGUGGUGCUCACACAGAUCUGCUUCUACGCAUUCAAUUUGGUGUGUCUCUCCAUGUGUCCCGUGCCCCUGGACGCGUAAAGGAACCACGCCACGAUCGUUAGAAAACUGAACAAGCGUUACAGUUUAGAGCUGUGCAUUGAGUGUGAGCUUGUGGCUUGUGCUAACUAUAGUAAGGCUUAUUCACCAUGACAUGUCUUUUUUUGCAUGAAUUCUCUACUGAAUGUGUCUACGUGGCAAAUCCAAGUUACAAGCAGCUUGGUAUUUGUUAACUUUGUGGUCUACCUUUGUGAUGUUUUACUUACGCAUCCUAUUCCUUUCUGUGCGCUGCUGUAAACAUGUGAAUUUCAAAUGGAGAACAAAUAAA